AUGAAGUAUGCUAAGGAGCUGCGCGAAGCGAUAGAGAUGGUAAUGUGGAACAGUACAGACGGUGUUUGGUACGACUACGAUUCUGAAGAGAAGACGCAUAGACGAAGAUUUUAUCCUAGCAACGUAUAUCCUCUAAUUUUCGGUGACUCAAGCAAAAAAGUCACUAAAAGAGUACUUGCUUAUUUAAAAAGAAUGGAUGUUUUAAAGUACCCAGGAUUUUUAGGUGGUAUUCCAGCAACUCUAGAAGGUUCUUCACAUGAACAAUGGGAUUUUCCUAAUGUCUGGGGUCCCUCUGUUCAUCUCUUCGUUGAAAGUCUUCGCAAGUCUGGUGAUCCGGAACUUUAUAACAUUUCAAAAAAAGUUGCUGACGGGUUUAUACGUACGGUUUACAACGGCUUGAUGAAUCCAAGUCCUCAAUGGCCAGCAGCCUGUUGGGAAAAAUACGAUGCUCGGUUUGACGAUGGUAGACCAGGAAUUGGAGGAGAAUAUCCAGUACAGCAGGGGUUUGGAUGGACAAAUGGAGCUGUACUUGAUUUAAUAUACAGGUUUUAUAUUGAACCACAAGAACGAAAAUUUGGAGCAGUUCGGUUAUAUGCUAAUAACGUUCAUUCUAAUCGGCGGCUGUAUAUCUUCUACCUACUCAUUCCAACAUCUUUACUUAUAGUUGCAUGGCUUACCUGCCAAGUGCAGAAAAGUCAAGUUAAUCAUAAUCGGACACAAAUCUUCGAUAUUAUUGGGAAACCAGAAGAAAGUUAUCUGAUUGCCGAUUCGGACACCGAAUAG